AUGUCUCCCGGAUCUCCUCACGUCGGCAUUGCCACAUCUCCUGGACCUCCUCACGUGGGCAUCACCACGUCUCCCAGAUCUCCUCACAUCGACAUUACCAUGUCUCCCGGACCUCCUCAUGUCGGCAUCGCCACGUCUCCCAGACCUCCUCACGUCGGCAUCACCGUGUUCACCGGGCUUCCUCACUUCGGGCUUGUGGUGUCACCUGGGCCUUCUCACGUUGAACUCAUCACAUCUCCCCCAUCUCCUCAAGUCGGCUUUGUCAUGCCGCACUUUCAGACUCCAUCUUUUUCUGAUCCAAUGCCUGUGAAGAAUGACUUGUCUUAUGCCACUCUUCGCACCGAACCCGCCCAACCGUCUGUAAAAACUAUGAUCAAAACAGAGCCUGACUUCGAGGAUGAACCUGACAUGAGCACAGGUAUUGCGUAUACCCAGGGUCAUGAUGAGACCGACAUGGACCUUUCUAUCGAUGACAAGAGUAACUAUCUGAGCAAAGCCUCCGACACAGCCGUGGACCAUGCCGAGGGUGAUAGUUUAUCAGAGGACGCAUUCGCGAACCUGAUUCUAGGGCUCCUCUAUGUCCUCGAGUUCUGGCUGCCCAACAGUACUGCAUUCAUUGUCACUAAAGAUCAUCAAUGUCUUCUUGUGAAUGCCGACCUCCUCCAGAAGAAGUCCGGUAUGAUCACACAAAUCUUCACCAUGGCAGACGAGAUCGAUGGUAAACCGGUGAUCUCCUUCGAUUUCAGCACUGAAGACAGCUGUCAUUUUUUUCGCUUUUUAUAUAACCCUGAAAGGGCAAUUGUACCAGGAUACCAGAUGAUGUUUGCCCAGUGUGCCGCUAUAGCAAGCAUUGCACAUGCACAUUCGAUGGAAGGAAUAUUGAACGCGACACGUCAAUGGCUUCAAAUGGCAUUUACAGAUUCUAUGGAGACGUGGUUUGGCAAUAUGGUCAUGCCAAACUCUUACAACAACCCCUACAUCUCAUUCACUGCCAUGGAUGCAUUCCAAGCCAUGGCAAUUGCUCGCAAGAUAGGAUGGUAUACAAUGCUGCUGAUCGCUCUCUAUUUGUGCUGCAAGCUCCUCAAGCUGGGGAUUACCUGA